ACAUCCGGGUUCCGGCCGCUAGAGGGCGGCAGCGGCGCGCCCACGCAGGAGUUCUGCCGGAGCUGAAGAAGCGACGCGAGCGGAGCCAUGAGAGCGAUCAUCCAGAGGGUCACCAAGGCGACCGUGACAGUGGGAGAAGAAGAGAUCAGUUCAAUAGGACGAGGACUGUGUGUCCUGCUGGGAGUCUCCGUGGAGGACACCCAGAAGGAUGCGGACUACAUAGUCCGAAAGAUCCUCAACCUGCGGCUGUUUGAGGACGAGGCCGGCCGGGCCUGGACCAAGAGCGUGGUGGACCGGGACUUCGAGGUGCUGUGCGUGAGCCAGUUCACGCUGCAGUGUGUUCUGAAGGGCAACAAGCCGGACUUCCACUCGGCCAUGCCUGCGGAGCUGGCCCAGCCCUUCUACCACAGCAUCCUGGAGAACCUGAGGAGCAGCUACAAGCCGGAGCUCAUCAAGGACGGGCGGUUCGGGGCCUACAUGCAGGUCCACAUUCAGAACGACGGACCUGUCACCAUCGACCUGACGUCCCCCAUGGGCCCCUCUGACCCCAGACAGCUGUCAAAGCAGGAGAAGCAGCAGCAGAGGAAAGAGAAGACGCGCUCUAAGGGCCCCUCGGAGUCGAGCAGGGAGAAGGGGGCCGCGCGCUCCAGACGGGACCCCAACGCCAGCAGUGGGGCCGACGGGGACGUGUCGUCGGACAGGGAGCCCUAGGGUUAGGGAAAACUACAGGGCUACUUUGGCUGGUUGCUGGGAGGUUAAAUGCCACAGAAACGCCUUGUUGCUUGUUUCCAUCUGGAAAAAUGGCGUCUUACGGACGAGGAUACAUCUCGCCGUGUUUUGGCUGACUCAGCUGAGAGAGGCUCCACACUCACAACCCUCUGGACCUGCAGAGAGCACUGACCAGUCGAGCCUUUUUCAACAUUAAACGAAUCAUUCUAGUAGAGGAGGCUAAUGGGAGAACUUCUUUUUGGACUCAAGCUCCAUCUGGUCUACUGUGCGUGAAGGUUUCACUUCUACCUCAGAGCUGUGAUGGGGACCUUCUUCAGAUUAACCCUAUCCCAAGACCUCGGACUGCAGGUCCCCUUCUGGCACCAAGAACGUCUGUAAAUCAGCCGGUUUGCUGUGGCCAAUCCUUGACAAGCACAGAGGUGGACCUCCAAAGCUCAGCGUUCCUGCCCAUCAUCCCGUCCAGGUUUCCCCAUUCUGACGAUGUGAGCGUUGUAAAAGCUGAGGGCGUUAGCGCAGCAUCAAGUAGCGUGGACUCUUGUGUCUCUUUUCUGAUGUAACAAUGAAUAAAGAGCUACCCGGCUCCAGGGGGCGCCGUUUCUUCA